AUGGACAUCAUCACUAUGGCCGUGCAGCGAUUGGAUCGUCUGUUCUGGUUUUGUCUUCCGAGAGUGUUGCUAAACAAUAUCAAGGUCAAGUUGGAACUAUGGGAUUCCUUAUGUCUACACUUGGAUUUGUGUCAUUACCAGGUUUGGCUUAUUUUAGUAGGAAUUACUCAUGGAUGGUACUUUAUCUUUGGACUUCUUUUCCGGCUAUAGUUUAUUGUAUGUUACUACAGUUUUGUGUAUAUGAAUCACCAAGAUGGCUACUUUCGAAAGGGAAAAAUAGAGAGGCUUUUGCAGUCCUCAAAACAUUUAUAGCACCUUAUUUGAAGAACCAAGAUUUAAAUCCUUCUGAUCUGUUAUCGAAACAUGACAGGUGGUUACAUAUUACCAAUGGUUCUAAUCAACCAUUGAUCAAGAUUUUGUUGAAGAAAAGAUGGAUUCUUGGACAGCUAUUGCUAGCUCUAACAACUGGUUUUGGUAUUGGAUUGAUGUACUAUGGCAUGCCAUUAGGACUUGGCAACUUUAGCUUAAAUCUCUACUUCAGUACGGGGCUAAACGCGUUGCUAGAGUUACCAGCAUUCUUGAUAGUCUUUUUCUUGGUAGAGAAAUGCAAGAGAAGAAGCACACUAGUUGGACUAAGUGUUUUAUCAGGUGUUUGUGGCAUGUUGUGCAUGAUAGUGGACAAAUGGAAAGUGUUACAGCUAGUAUUGGAGUUAAUUUCCUUCUUUAGUGCUUGUACUCCAUUUGACUUGUUGCUGAUAUACACAUCAAUUUCCUUCUUUAAUGCUACUGUGUCAAUUGUGUGGCAGGCUGUGGUGCUCGGGGGCGUGGUAAGUCCAGUUUUGGUUGAUGCAGGAGGAGAUAGAAGCAAGAUUUUACCAUAUUUGGUGCUUGGAAUUAUGACAUCAAUUGCAGGAUCUUUGGUCAUUUUUCUACCAGAAACAAAGGGAUUGGAGCUUUGUAAGAACAUAGAAGAGCAAGAACAAGAGGAUUAUGGAGCAUCCUAUGUGAUGAAUGGCGUGUGA